AUGCGCUACGAUCGUAUGCCCAUCGAGAUCGAGGCCCCUGAAGAGUACGGAUACGAGAACAUCAGAUGCAACUUGUCCGAAAGCUCGUUCACCGAUCAAACACUCGAGUCUCUGGAUCUCAAGAUUCCCAACCUCAAAUUGAUCUACAAUGAGCACCGAGGAGGAAAGAAACUCAGAAAGCUUGUAGCUAGUGGCGGCGAUUCACUGCAUGAAGAUGAUGUUCUUAUCACCUCAGGAGCAGCCGGAGCGCUUUUCGUCAUCUCAACCUCGCAGCUCAACCCGGAGUCCCAUCUUGUAGUCGUUCGACCAAACUACAGCACCAACAUCGAGACGCCUAGAGCUAUUGGAUGUGAGAUAUCUUUCAUUGAUCUCACAUACGAAGAUCAAUUCCAAAUCAACGUCGCAGCUAUAGAAGCCUCGAUCAAGCGCAACACCAAGAUUGUCUCCAUCACCUGCCCCCACAAUCCCACAGGAACACUCAUCUCGGAGGAUUCUCUGCGUCAGCUUGUUGCCGUCACCAAAAAGCAUAAUUGCCUUCUUUUGGUCGACGAAACUUAUCGGGAUAUCAGCUAUGGCUCUCAGUUGCCCAUCGCCGCAUCUUUAGGUGAUCAUGUCAUCAGUGUAUGCUCGCUUUCUAAGUCCUUCGGUGCCCCCGGCAUCAGAGUAGGAUGGCUCAUCUGCAAAGACCAAUCCCUGCAGACGACCUUUCUGGCUGCAAAGGAGCAGAUGAGCAUCAGUGGAAGCGUCAUUGACGAAUGGAUUGCUGAACAGCUCCUGGCACGCAAAUCAGAAAUUCUCCAAGUCACCACGGCAGAGAUGAAGAUCAGGAGAAGCAUUGUUGCGGCUUGGAUUGAGAAGGAAGAGCUUCUCGAGUGGGUCCAGCCUGAAGGUGGCAUUGUGUGCUUCCCGCGCAUGACCAGGGAACCAGUCGGAGGAACGGCUGGAUUCUAUAAGAGGCUGCUAGAGGUGCACGGUACUUACGUUGGGCCAGGCCAUUGGUUCGAGAUGCCAGACACGUCCUUCCGUGUAGGAUACGGUUGGUCGACCAGAAGCGAAUUGGAGGAGGGGUUGGAAGCCAUUUCAAAGGUGUUGCGAGAGCUUUGA